AUGGCAUCAGGUGGAUGCUUGGGUGGUCAAUCCUGGGCUUGCCGUUGCGCCCUGUUCUCGCUGCCUUUCAUGCUGCCAAACCUCAUCACGAUUGGCCUGUUUUCGUUGAGAGGCUUUCUGGGAGAAGCAGGCCUGACGCACGUGGGAGUGCUUCUGGCCUAUUUCGGCUCUUACUAUUCCGCUGGCAUUCUCGUGCUUCGAUUGCUUCUGGUCACAGUUCGUCCACCAGUGGUGGUGCAAAGAGACUCCACUGGCUGGCCAUUGGUUCGCAGCCUCUCCGAAGCAGAGCGUGCCCAGUGGUCGAAGAAGCAGAGCAGUGCGUGCGGACGUCGUCUCACUGCGUGGGGCAGGUGA